AUGUUGCACUCGCGCCGCCGUGUUGGCACAACGGCGCGGCAACUUCUUCAUAAUUGAGGCACUAUAGACACAUAGAUGAGCUGACUCGAAGGCUUGUAGGUUUUGUAGGGUCUGUCGAUAUCUAGUGCAUGGAAGUCGCCGAGGAUGGAGCCUGCGAGACCUGCACGGGCUCCGCCCCUGGUCCCCAUGCGGUCGGCGGCUUGAAUCAAUGAAGCAAAAAACCGGCCCAAAGAAGACCGAAAGCGACUGCAAUUCAUAGGCACUGCCUUCCGCUGUGUGCCCUUAACAAAUAAACUCAAUCAAAGCGGCGCGGGGGCGCCAUCAAAAUGCCUCCGGCGUCGCCCGAGGAGCGGGCGGGGGGAUUAGUGGGCCGCGCCGACUACUGGGGGCCCGGUUGCCCGCGAACGCAGCUGGCCAGUAGGCGUAGCUGAGGGCGCAGCAAUAGGCGCAGGCGUAGAAAUAGGCGCAGGAGUAGGCGUAGAAUUAGACGCAGAAAUAGGCGGCGGGGUAGGCGUAGAGGUAGGUGUAGAAGUAGGCGUAGGCGUAGAAGUAGGCGUAGAAGUAGGCGUAGAAGUAGGCGCAGAAGUAGGUGUAGAAGUAGGCGUAAAAGUAGGGGUAGGCGUAGUAGGGGUGGAAGUAUGUAGGCGUAGAAGUAGGCGUAGAGGUAGGGGCGCGCGUAGUAGGGGUAGGGGUCGGGGUAGGGGUAGGCGUAGGGGUAGGCCUGGCCGUAGGGGUAGCCGUAGGGGCGGGCGUAGGCGCAGGGGUACGUAGGCGCAGGGGUAGGCGCUAGGGCAAUGCAUGGGAAGCGCUUUUUUUCAAAAAGCUUUGCUCUGUUUUCGGCUACAUAUGGCUCACCCGUCGACGUCGCUAGAUAAGAUAGGAGAUACCUCGUGGGCGGUGGAAAUCGACCGCGUAGCAACAGCGCCUGCCGCGGUAUUCUGGGCUCGGUAGUCUGAAGGCAGGAUUGGUGGCGCAUUGCGUCACGGCUUUGCGUGCGCUCGUCGGUCAUGGCCGGCGUAGAUGUCCAACAGACAGCCCCUGCAGUGCUGCCGGUUCGUUUAAAAUGACAGCAAUUAUACGCGGCCAACCCAAAGCCACAGGCGCUGCGAACUGGAGCCAACAAUAGGCCCACGCCCCAACAGGCGAAACAGGCGCCCACGCGUGGCCUUUGAUAGAAUAACUCUCUCAAAGCCGUGCGCGGUCUUGCCGAUGACAUUCAUUGAUGCCGCGGCCGGCCGCGGCGCUCUUCCGGCCCUUGGUCCCACGCGGCGUUUCUUCGCCCCGACUGUUUUGCACGGAGACCAACAGAGCGCCCUCCUGGGCUGCAAGCCGAAAUCCCCUUGGGUUGGGGUGCCUCCGAGGUCCUCCAGGCCCCCCCUUUAAGGCCUUCUCGCAGGGCUACCGACCCCCCGUUGGUAUCCUCAUGAAAGGGGGCCCCCCAAGCCCGCCCCCGCUUUUCGUUUGCGCAAGUUCGCAGAUUUUCAGGAGUUACGUCGCGAGCAGCGACAUCGCGAAUCCGGCCGAAGCGGAGGCUUGCGUCACAGCCUGGCCGGGAAUAAAUUCAAAGGCGCCGAACAAGGUGCCAGCCUAUCCUGUAUCGGCCGCCCGCGUGGGGCCCUUGCUUCCAAAGCUAGUCAGAGCGUCAUCGAUUUAUCCUGAGACCGUCGCUGAUUUAUCCUGAAGCGCCUGCCCAUACGCAUACACCAAAGCCGCGGCGGGGGCUUGCGUGUCACGUACCUUGAGGCCACAUCGCCAAGGACUGAAUCCAUGGCCGCGCGCGGCUGCUCCUGCGGCCACCUUUCUCCUGCCUUCGUUCUGCGUAGGAGCUAGCUGAGUUCUAGGCGGCGCCUCGCUCUACGCGCGCACAGAUCUGUUGUGCGUGUGCAAGCUUGUAUGCCUAUGGAGCGCCGUAAAAUCAUAUGUGGCGACGGGGGAGGCUUUGCUGAAAAAAAUAGCGCCCCCUGCCACAGGCGUAGAAGUAGGCGCAGAAGUAGGCGUAGCAGUAGGCGUAGCAGUAGGCGUAGAGGUAGGGGUCGGCGUAGUAGGGGCAGGGACGUGGUAGGGGUAGGGGUAGGGGUAGGGGUAGGGGUAGGGGUAGGGGUAGGGGUAGGGGUAGGGGUAGGGGUAGCCGUAGCCGUAGGGGUGGCCGUAGGGGUAGCCGUAGGGUAGGGGUAGCCGUAGGGUAGGGGUAGCCGUAGGGGUUGCCGUAGGGGUAGGCGCAGGGGUAGGCGUAGGCGCAGGGGUAGGCGUAGAAAUAGGCGUCGAAGUAGGCGCCGAGGCGGCCCCCCUCUCCGCAGGGGCCGCGUAGUGAAUGGCCCGGGCUCGGGGCGUUGGUUACAGGGAAGGUGUGCAGCCGAGGGCGCAGAGGACUGCUUGGGGCAUUGCAGGCCGAUCUCCAGGCAUGCUUGCUUGCAGGGCGCUCGCUGCAGGGCUUCUCUUCUGAGCGCGGGGGCCGUCGCUGCGUGUAGGGCUCGGGCUAUUUUUGCAGCGCCCAGGGGUUUCUUUGUCGUUCAUCGCGCUGAACCCCUACAGCUCAAGUCGCAGAAUUUGUCGGAAAUAUUUCCACAGCAGCAUGCGCUUUCGAAAAAUAAAAGCGCAAGUAUGUGAAAAGCUCUAGAGCUCGAGUCCCAGAAAAGCUCCAGGCUUUGUCGUAAUAGCAUGCAGGUUCAGCGCUUCCAAAGUGUCGCGCUUUUCGUGAUUUUUUCUUGUUCCCUACGGGUCGACCCCCAUCUUUUGGGCCGAAUAGCGUGCGCUUUCGCGAGUAGCAAGCAGCGCCAUUUUGAAAAGCCCUAGGGGUUUGCUCCAGGUUUGCUGCAGGUUGAGCCGCAACUUUAGAGCCUGUUUAAGGUUUUCGCAACUCUUCCCUACAGCUUUUGAGUCAAGUCCUUAUCUGUCUAUAGUCUUUAAAACUAUUUUCACCAAAGGCGGCGAAAAAAUGACCUGGCUGCAGCUGAUGUCAGGUCGUGCGCGCUCCAAAGAACAUGCUGGCUUUACUUCCCGACGAGGAGGUGAGAAGAAGAAGAACGCAAGGCCGUCGGAGACGUGGGUAGAUUUCUUUGCAAACGGUAUGGGGGCAGUGGCGCUGCGACAGGUGACGCGCGGCAUGUUCAACGUGGCAAGCGGUCGUGGAUCCUCCGCCAAAGAAUUUCUUUCUAGCAGAGAGAUCAAGGCGCCGCUGCGCCUCUUGACCAAAUCCCUCACCAGGUCGGCAGGAGGCGAAAGUGGCGGGCUGAUGGCGGCUUUGAGUACCGACACCGGGAACGUGAACCGGUUUCUAGGGAACGACCUCGGCCUGCUGCGACCCGAAGGCACAGCUGUUUUCGUACAGGUCAUAUUCCGUGGUCAACAUCAAACGUAUCCUGUGCAAAAGUAUCGUACUCGUAUUGCAAUCAUGCGUUACAAAUUUUUUUCUCAAGGUAAAUCCGCACUACAAUCUUUAUUUCUCAUGCUGAGGGAAUUUGUCAUGCAUUUAUACGAGUGCGAUAUUACUUUUGCAAUGCAUAAAACGGCCGGGGCACCGAUCGAAGGCCCGCCGUUGUUCGCGGAGUUACAAGGUCCGCUGCAGACAGCGCUACAGGGACAGGUCGGCAAGGUGUUCAAGAGCGAUAUGGCGUUCUCAAACGUUACACUCUUAGCUGUUCUUGCAAGAAUAGAAACAGUGAAGUCGUGAGAGAAGGGGGCUUGAACCUCUCGCAUUACAAAUUUGGCACGACAGAUUUUCAUUAGCCCUGCUUCACAAAUUUGUCAUGUGAAGUAGCCUGAUCAUGUGGAUGCUGAUCCUGAUCAGCAUUCUGCAUGACAGAUCAUGUAACAGUUGAGAGAGUAUCGUUUGAGAAUCCCAUAAGCGACAUUUGGAAUCUUCAGAAAUCGUCGCCGAGGAAGCUGUCGCUGCCGGUGCAUUUCGCCUCACCCGUUACCGUCAAGCUGCCGCCGCAGAAGACUUCUCAAAAAAUAGGUAAAAACGAUCGUGAUCAGCACCUGCGACAGCAGCAGUUUCAGAUCAACUUGCAAUACCUGUUUCCACUUUAUGGGACUCUCAAACGUUACAUUCUCAGCUGUUACAUGAUUUGUGAUGCAAAAGGAACAUCAACAUCCACAAGGUGAAGCUACUUCGCAUGGCAAAUUUUUGAAAGGCUAAAUAGCACCUAAAUCUGUGCAGAACUUGUAAUGCUAGAGGUGCAACCUCCCCCCUUUCACUUUUGCAAUUCUUGCAUCACAAAUUCAUGUAACAAUUGAGAAUGUAACAGUUGAGAACGCCACACACUCCCGCAAGCCGGUGACCUGGUGGCGUUCCUAAUCCCCGUCUUCAGCAGCUCUACCGUAUCCCACAGAAAAAGACCGGCAGAUCAUGAUUGAUCUUCGUGACGCAAAUCGCACAAAAUAAAUCUGUCAUGGGCGAUGGUAUAGCAUGCUGCUUAUUAGGACAGCACGCGCGACGAGAGAUUUAUUUUGUGUUUUUGCAUUGCAAAUUUUAAUUUAUGUGGUGCUGCCUCCCUUUCACUUCUUCUGUGGGAUAUAUUACCUCGGCGAGCCCACCGCCCAUGUUCAGCCCCGGCGCUGUUUUUGCGGUGACGCAGCUGACUUACCACGUGGCUGAUACCACGGAUAAAAAAGCUGCGAAUCAUGAUCAUGGCGGGCGGAAACAGCAGCAACAACAAACCUUCGCCAGUCCAGAGGACAUUUUUUCACGCGGAAAUAAGAAUAACAAGAAGGCUGCCCGGAUUUCUUUAGAAGCGGUCCCUCUGGAGUAUUUUCUUGGCCUUCGCGGGCCACAGGCGUACGCCCCGCGUAUCGUCUAUGGGAGUGCCAGGAUUGAAAUCGUCAAAGUUGAAAUAAUCUCCCAUGCAUAAAAUGGAUACCCAGUUUGCGAGUGGUGCAUGAUGAAUUUGGGUAAAGCCGAAAUCCCGUUUGUCAUGCUGUUUGGGUAAGGAGGGCGCCUUUUGUCGUGCUACUUUACCAAUCCAGUGUCUACCCCCCAACAGGCUUACGAUCUGCCUCACUUGCCUACCCUGCAAGACAGGCGCUUUGUGGUCUGCAUUUUAUGCAUGACAAAUCAUUUCAACUUUGUCGAUUUCAUUCCUGACGCAUCCAUAUCUUCCUAGAGGACUUGGCCGCCGAUACUCUCCGGCUUCUCCCCCCAGGGACUGCGCAGCCAGUUGCCCCGGGGCAGCUGCAGGAUCAAAAUUACGCCCAUGCGCCGAAGGCUGCCGAACCUUCACAAGCCUCCAAAGCGUCGGCCACCGCUAUGGCGUUCUCAACUGUUACAUUCUCAGCUGUUAUACAAUGACUUGUAAUGCAAAACGAACAUCAACACUCGCGACCACAAGGCGAAGCUACUUCGCAUGGUAAAUUUUAACAAGUCUAAACAGCACCUAAAUCUGUGCGGAAUUCGUAAUGCUACAGGUGCAACCUCCUUGCUUUGACUUCUUUCGCCAUUCUUGCAUCACAAACCCAUGUAAGAACAGUUGAAAAUGUAACGGUUGAGAACGCCAUAGCCGCGACUUCGAGCGGCAGUUCUUCGCGCGCGCGAGUUGGGGGCUUCCGCGUGUUCACGGCGUCCGGCUCGGCGCAAACCGGGAAAAAAAUAAAACAGCGGGCAUCAAAAUCAACAAAAUGAAAAAACCACCUGCUCCCCACUAGCACUACAAUCAAAACCGAAACUCGGGAUGCCGAAUUUGUGUACACAAUAAUAAAUCCCUGACGCCGGCAGAUCAUGUAAUUCACGUACAACCAUAAGUAGCUGUGUCGCAUGAUGUUGACACACGGCUGCCAUAAAGGUGGUCAAACGGCUACGGAAUCCAGAAUUCAUUAGAAUGCGGCGGCGAGCCGAAGUUGCCUUCUUGCAAGACGUGGUCGAUGUGUAGUGGACACAAAUCAACAGCGCAUAUUUUGAUUUUCGCUUAGUAUUAUUUAAGUAUGGACAGGGGGUAUUUUUCUUGACGAUAACGGGUACUACGGGGGUAG